AUGGGAGCUAAGACGAAAGUGGGUUGUAACUACUGCACCUGCGUAGCUGGGCAAAUGUACAUAUGCACUGGCACGAUUUGUCCUUCAAAAUCCGAAGACCGGCGACCUUGCGAAAACGGUGAAAAACGCCAAAUAGAUUCCUGCAACUAUUGCUUAUGUCGUAAUGGAGUUGAAAUUUGCACUAAAAAGAAUUGUCAAAAGGCGUACCGAAGCGCAGUAGUUAGAAGUCAUGACACCGACAAUUGUAAAAAUGGGCAAAGCAAAAAAGAAGAUUGCAAUGACUGCAGUUGUAAGGGAGGUAAUUGGGUUUGCACUUUAAAACUGUGCAAAAAAGAGAAAGAGGAAACAGAGGCCGUCCAGUGUAAAGACGGACAAACUAAAAAAAUUGACUGCAACCGCUGCGGGUGUAUUGACGGUCGGUGGUUUUGCACUCUAAUGAAAUGCAGGAAGAAUAUUAAAAAUACAAAGAACCUUAACGCUGUCCAGUGUAAAGACGGACAAACUAAAAAAGUUGACUGCAACCGCUGCGGGUGUAUUAACGGUGGUUGGCUUUGCAAUCUCAUAAAAUGCGGGAAGAAUCUUUCAAAUAAAAAGGAGAUUAACACUGCCCAGUGUAAAGACGGACAAACUAAGAAAAUUUACUGCAACCGCUGCUCGUGUAUUAACGGUGGUUGGCUUUGCACUCUAAUGAAAUGCGGGAAGAAUGGUAAAAAAAUAAAGAACGUUAACGCUGUCCAGUGUAAAGACGGACAAACUAAAAAAGUUGACUGCAACCGCUGCGGGUGUAUUAACGGUCGUUGGUUUUGCACUCUAAUAAAAUGCAAGAAGAAUAUUAAAAAUAAAAAUAAAAAAUACAAAAACAUGAACUCCGUCGAGUGUAGAGCCGGACAAAGUAAAAAAGAAGACUGCAACAGUUGCCAUUGUAUUAAAGGUACUUGGGCUUGCACUCUAAUUCAUUGCUCAACCAAACCACAUAGACAAACUUCCAACAACGUGUCUUUACUAAAGGUCGUUCGACUAGUGACGCUGGUGUUACUGUUCUAA